GAGUGAGGAGGAGAGAGGAAGAGAGAGGAGGAGGAGAGAGGAGGAGGAGAGAGGAAGAGAGGAGGAGGAGGAGGUGCUCUGGAGGAAGAGACAGGGGUUGUGUGUUGGAUGGAGACAGACUCCCAGAUCCUAAAAUCUCCUCAUGAGGAGGUGCUAACGGUGGAGGUCACAACUCCCCAAAGCUUAAAACUUGAUUUAUUUAUUUCUUUCUUUAUUUAUUUCUUUCCUUCCCGUCUCCUCGUCUUCCCUCGCAGCAAAGCCUACUGAGGCAGCAGGAGCGCGUGGAGGAGCGAGUGCAGGAGAUCGAGGAGCAGCUCUGCAAACUCGACUCCGACAAGUGUGUGGUGGAGGACAGAGUCUGCGAGCUGAAGGAGGAGGUGCGUCUGCAGUACCAGCGGAUGCACCAGCUCCUGGAGGAGGAUCUCGGUCGGACGCUGGAGGCUCUGGACCGGGCUCAGGCUCGGUUCUGCCAGGAGAACGCGGCCCAGGUUUUGGCUCUGGGGGAGCAGCGGCACGAGGCCCAGAAGCUGCUGAGCUCCAUCCACACGGCCUUCAGUAAAGCCGAGGAGCUGAGCUUCAUGAAGAACACCAAGCCCGUUAAAAUCCUCACAGACAGGUCUCAGGCGUGUGUGGGCAGCAGUCUGCCUCCGUAUAAAGUCGGGAACCUCAACUCCAAACUGUUCCUGUCGGAAAUCUCCAAGAGAGAAAAGAGUCUGAAGAGAACGCUGGAAGGUAAAGAGACGAACUGUCAGUGAACAGGACAACACCAA